CCCACGGUCCGGCGUCUGGCAGUUGGGCGCCGCUAGAGAGUCCGGCGCGGGGCCCGGGGUUGCAGGACGCGGUGCACCCUCCGCCUGCGGACAGUCGGGGGCGGGAGCGCGCUGGGGCCGGCGGGGACGCGCAGCGUUGCGAGGCCUGCGCGCCAGGCUGCGGAAGCCAUGCGGCGGGCACGGGCCGCCGGAGCCUCCCAGUUACGGGAACCGAAGCGUUCGGGGUCGUCUGGGGCCCCCGUGGCUGCAGGUCCGGCCCCUGGCGAUAGUCGUUCGCUGCGCUCCACCAGAGGGGCCGGGGGCGGGAAACGGAAGGCCAGCAGACAGCCGCCGGCGAAGCUGCCGCAGGCCCCGGAGGCGGAUUGCAAGAAGCCUCUGCCGCCCGGGGAGCUCCCGCCGCCGCCGCCCCCGACCCCGGCGACCCCGACGUCCUCGGAGUCCGCUCUCGACCUGGGCGAGCAGCGGGAGCGCUGGGAGACGUUCCAGAAGCGGCAGAGGCUCAACUUCGAGGGCGCUGCCAAGCUCCUGCUGGACACCUUUGAAUACCAGGGCCUGGUAAAGCACACGGGAGGCUGCCACUGUGGAGCUGUUCGUUUUGAAGUCUGGGCUUCAGCAGAUUUACAUAUCUUUGACUGCAACUGCAGCAUCUGCAAGAAGAAGCAGAAUAGACACUUCAUUGUUCCAGCUUCUCGCUUCAAGCUCCUGAAGGGAGCUGAGAGCCUAACGACUUACACAUUUAACACACACAAAGCCCAGCACACCUUCUGUAAGAAAUGUGGUGUUCAGAGCUUCUACACUCCCCGUUCCAACCCUGGAGGGUUUGGAAUUGCUCCACACUGCCUGGAUGAGGGCACAGUGCGGAGUAUGGUCACUGAGGAAUUCAAUGGCAGUGAUUGGGAGAAGGCCGUGAAGGAGCAUAAGACCAUCAAGAACAUGUCAAAAGAAUGAAAUUCGGCUUCUGCCUUACCAGAAAGGAGCAAUGAGUGGGGCUAGCAGCUCUGUAGGCCCUGUGACAGACACCUUGAUGUUGCCCAUGGUAUGGCUGACCAGGCUGCUGGCACUGUCGUCUGGCACCCAUCUUGUUCUCUGAAGUUUGCUCCAUCUACCAGUUCCUUUAGGCAGCUCUUUGUCCUUCCAUAGUGCAGACUUUGAUGUAGGAUAGUUGACCCUUUUACUUCUUUUUGCCAAAUUUUGUGUGAUCUUUUAGAAAAUAAACAUUUUUAACAUGGUUGCU